AGGCAGCGGCUGUGAGGCACAAUCCCGGGAUUGUGUAUCCGAGGAGGCAAAGGGCAUCUUAUGGCUUCGCUUCCUCACUGCUCUCUCUGCCCACUCUCUUCCCUCUCUUCGUCUACCUGUCUGCUUCACUUUCCUCUCCACCCAAUCACUUUCCACCGCUUCCCAACUAGCCCACAAUUGCCCUUGUUGUACUCCUCUUGCGCUUCUUCUUCCUCUGUACAGCCUACCAACCUUCUUCUCCACCCCAUUUUCUUGUUCACUAGCUUUGACAGACCGUUGGAUACUCAAACUUUUCUUGUCACUAUCAGUGUUCUGGCCGCCAUUGCCCUCUCUCUAUUUCUGGGACUCAAGGGAGAUCCUGUUCCUUGUGAGCGGUGUGCUGGAAAUGGCGGCACAAAAUGUGUUUUUUGUGACAAUGGCAAGAUGAAGCAAGAAACGGGUUUGGUUGACUGUAAGGUGUGCAAGGGAGCAGGAUUGAUAUUCUGCAAGAGAUGUGGAGGUUCAGGGUACUCUAAACGCUUAUAACCUGUGGCUCAAAAUUUCUCAUUUCUGUCGUGAUUCCCUUUUGUUUCAACCCCUAAGCUAAUUUUGCUGAAGCUUUAAUUCUUUUGUCUACAAUAUUUCUAAUGGGCUGGAAGUAAUGAAAAUUGUAAAGUUGAAUCUCUCU